UCAAACCAAGACCAAAAAAUGGCGUGGAGAUCUUCGUUCCAAAGAGUUACAUUACUGGCUAAUCAAAGAGCUGUGUUUACCGGAGUCAUCAAUCAUCAACAAGUGGCUUUAAGUAAUUUGGUUUCUCCGGCACGCGAGCCUCGACCAUCGGCUUCUACUAAAAUCGAAACGAACAUCGUCAGUUCUCGUCACAGCGAUUGUCCACUUCACGAAACGACGAUGGUCAAUCGUUUUUUUGAUAAUGCCACCCGGUAUAGCAAAAAAGUCGCAUUGGAAUGUGGAAUUACUGGACGCAAAUACACGUACGAAAUGCUGGUCCAUCUCAUUCGUCGAUACGGAAGCGCGUUGACGCGAGCCGGAUUCAAGAAAGGCGAAGUGAUGGCCAUCAUUUCGCCAAACGUUCCCGAAUUCGCCAUCGCACUGCUCGGAGCUUCUGGUAUCGGCAUGCCCGUUGCCUUGGUCAAUCCCACAUUCACGCCAGCUGAAAUAGCUCGCCAACUGUCUACUGCUGGAGCUACGGCUAUUUUCGGUGUUGCCCCUAUGGCUGAGUUACUCAAACAGGUGGCUCAACUCUGCCCAUCUGUCCGGCGCAUCAUCUUGCUCGGCCCUCCUCAAGAAGGAUUUGUUUGUUUUCAAGAGAUGCUCCAGGAUUCCGGAGAUCUGUUUAACGAGAAUAUAGACAUUGAUGUUAUGAAUGACACGUUCAUACUUCCCCAUUCGAGCGGCACUACCGGAGUGCCAAAAAAUGUUAUGCUUACAAACUUCAACGUCGGCGCUAACGUUACCCAGAACAUUUAUCCCGGCACAUCCAAGAAUCAACUAGCAACAGAUCAGUACCAAGAAACCCACAUUUGCAUACUGCCUUUCUUUCACUCCUACGGUGUCAGUGGCAUCCUGUUGAUUGGCUUUGAUUUGGGUGCCAAACUUGUGACUUUGCCCCGUUUCGAUGCAGCUAGUUACCUGAAAGCUAUAGACGAUUACAAGCCAACUCUGCUGCAUAUUGUACCGACUCUAGCACAUUUAUUCAUUAAACAUCCGGCACUGAAAAUGGAAAGCUUCCAGAGGAUACACACCAUCUUCUGUUCGGCAUCUCCACUAGGAGAGAAAACGGCAACCCAACUGCAAGACAAAUUCAACAUGCCAGACCUCCUCAUUCAACAAGGUUAUGGACUAACGGAAGUGUCCCCCGGAGCAACUCAAACGCCUUUGAAUAACGACACGUUCGGUUCUUGCGGCCGCCUCAUAUCGCGAACCAAAGCUAAAGUUAUCGAUUUAGAGAACGGCGUGACUACACUCGGACCUAAUCAGCAAGGAGAGCUUUACCUGUCUGGCCCGCAAGUCAUGAAAGGCUAUUAUAACGACCCCAAAGCCACCAAUGAAAUGAUUAGCGAAGAUGGUUGGCUACGCACUGGCGAUGUGGCCUAUUACGACGAACAAGGCAAUUUUUACAUCGUCGAUCGAUUGAAAGAGCUCAUCAAAGUCAAGGGAUUCCAGGUUGCCCCGGCCGAGCUUGAGGACAUUCUUGGAUCACAUCCGGCAAUAGCCGAAGCUGCUGUUAUCGGCAUCCCGGAUGAACAUGCAGGCGAACUUCCUCGAGCUUACGUGGUCAAGAAACCUGGAAUGGAAUCGGUCACCGACGCUGAGAUUCGAUCUUUCGUGGACAGUAAAGUCUCGUCUCACAAGCAAAUCAAAGGUGGCAUCGAAUUCUGCGACGCCCUUCCUAAAAACAACAUAGGCAAAGUCCUUCGACGUGAACUGAGAACUCAAUUUCAUACCAAAUAAAAAAUACCCAUUAAUCGAGAAACAUAGAGUCAUUUUUCGCCGAUCUCGCUAUAGUAUUAUCCAUUCAAACAAAAAUUGUACGCAUUUAACAUUUUCAUAUUAUUUUCUUUUCUUUUUCUCAUUUUUGGUUUUAUAAAAAACACUGUCAUUCAUACGUGUUGCCUGCCAUAUACGGGGGCUAGUUCAAAUAUAACAUGAUGUACUAA